CCAGAAAGGCAUCCACACUCUUGCUACUGUCAGCCCUGCAGCAGUAUUGAUAAGUUGGACUAUGUAGUUACAGUGUAACCACAGGACUGUGUUCGCACUUUGGCUACAAUGAAACAUUAUUGCAGGUGAAGAUCGAGUCAGUGUGUGACAUAGCUAGUGAUGGAGACAAACAGUGAGAGCACCACCAUCUUGGAAACUGAAGAUAACGUCCCAGCUCCUUCUCACUCCAGGGAUGACACUGCAGCGUGCAUUGUUUCUGUGAAAGGCUUAAAGGAGAACUGGCAGAAGUGGUCUGACGAGCACCAGGUGUACCAGAAGCACAAUCCCUUCAGUCACGACACCAGGCCCAGCGUGGUGGUCCCUCAGAGGGGGCAGGACGACUAUGGGAGGCCCCUGCAGGGCUCUAUGACAGAGCAGCGGGGGAAAGAUGCUCACACACACAUCAGCAGAGAGGUCCAGGAGCUGUGUGAGGUGAUAAGGAUCAUUGGGGAGCCGAGAGACAGCGUUGAGGGUGGAAGCAGCAGCAAUGGGAAAGUGAUCACUGUAGAAUUUGGGAAACUGUUUGAGCAUUAUGUGACUAUCUCUAAUAAACUGGUGGGGAUUCUUCUACGAGCGAGGAAGCAGAAGCUGGUUGACUUUAAGGGGGAGAUGCUGUGGCAGGGCAAGGAUGACCAUGUACUUAUCACUCUGUUACAGUGACCAGACACUUGGAUUAGUGUUGAUGCCUUGAUUCAUGUUAAAUCUGCAGUGGCAAGUACAGAACUAUCUGAUGGCAGCACUCACUGAAGUAGAUGUAUUUAGGAAAAGUAGAUUUUUCUUGGUUACACAACUAAUAACCUCAGUGGCUGGUAAUUCAAACGUCCUGCCUGAGGAAUGUACAGUAGGUAUACAAGUGCAUUUUCUUUUCAUACUACAAAUUAAAUAACUACAGAAUCUACUGUCCAGACUGCUGAUGAACACAGGACGUAGAGAAAAAUCAGGUAAAAACCUGAAAGAAUCACAGUUGCAAAAGCUGUUACAAACUUGGGUCAGGUGAAAUACCAAUUAGGAUCAUUUGUCAGGUCAUCAUCAGCAUUUUAAUAUGUGAGUUUUCAAAGCAAUCCAUAGCCCGUCAAACCAACUGAACCUGAACUACAGGUGCAUCAGUCAAAAAACAAUGAAUCAUGACAGGAUAUACCAAACUAAAAGUUUAAGAGAAUUAUUAGCUGUAAAUUUAAAUGUAACAAGACAAAAUGCAAGGGUUAUGCUGCAUACACUGGAUGUAUAGGAAGGUUCAGCCCAAUAAUACUCACCUUUGUAGCAGUAUUUAAAUUAUUUCAUCUGCUAGACUCUACUCAGCGAUGCUAAACUACACCUGCUCUAAGUAACAGUGGGAAAUGUUAACAGCUUUUUAAUGUGGGGAAAGUGGAGGAGUGAGCAGCUGAAAUGAAGUCAGAGUGGUUAAUGAGAGUGAACCAAAGCCAAAGAGAACAUGAAGCUACCCGUGACAGACAAUAUGGUGCUAUAGGAUGAACUUGAUCCGACUUGGCUUGGGUGCUUCAGAGCAUGUAUUUAUUACAAUCAUGCUUGUAAUUUAGGCAAACUUGUCAUAGUUUGAAACUGAGUGUACCUGAAUCACACAAACAGAUGUACCAAAAUAAUGCUUUAAUGGAGUGAGAAGCACAUAGUAAAGAACUAUGCACUGUCUUAUAGAUGCCAUAACAUCUGCUGCUUUUAGAGGUCCAAUAAAGACAAUGCAAAUUAAUCAGUUUUCCUUGCAUGAGCAGUAGUUGAUUGAUGAAUUAACAAGUACUGCUUAUGGCCUUAUAAUAAAGAAAUAAAAUAUAUUGUGUCCAUUUUUUAUUCUGUCACAGUA